AUGUAUAAACAAUCUACAAUUCUAAUCAUAUUGGGUGCCAUACUUGUUGGCACUUCUGGUCAAGUUAUUUAUUCCGGUCCAUGUCCAGAAAAUAUUCAAACUGUAGAUAGUUUGGAUUUAGAAAAAUAUUUAGGUUCAUGGUAUGAAUAUGGUAAAUAUCCGGUGUAUUUUGAAAACGAAGGUAAAUGUGUAACGGCGAAAUAUACCCUAAAUGCUGAUGGCACGGUUAGAGUGCAAAAUAGUUUGGUGAAUGAGAACUCCAAUAUCUAUGAAGAUAUUAUUGGUUCCGCCACCAUAGUUUCACCUGGAAAAUUAUUUGUCAAAUUUCCCGUAUCGCCAGCCUAUAAUGUAACCACAAAUUAUUGGGUUUUGGAUACAGAUUAUGAUAAUUAUGCCACGGUCUACUCCUGUACACCUUUAAAUAAUAACUCGCAUUCAACCAUUGUUUGGAUUUUAACCCGUGCCCAAAUACCCAGUGCCACCGUGAUUGAUAAUGCAGCCAGUGCUUUGAAAAAGAACAACGUGUCCUUGUUGCCUUUGAAAAUUACCAAUCAAAUUUCUUGUGAUGAUGUUAAACAACAGCCGCAAUAA